AAAAAAGCGCAAUAUAUACUUCACAUACAGGAAAUGGAGGGAAGUAGUAAUAAAUAUAGGAUCUGAGCUUGGGAGAGAAGUAUAAAUCACGUGAUCGCAUACCUCUGCUGUCAGGACUCCGGAAAAACUAACAUCCGGGCAUAAAUUCAAGCUCCAAACACCUCUUUUGCAGAGGUUGAGAAAAAAACAAAACAUCCUUUUUUGUCUUCCUACCCCCUUAGUAUCUGCUUGCUGAGCCUGGAAAUUCCUAUACCUGUUACCAAAUUACCGAAUUAGUCCGGCUUCAUCGUGCAUCGGUCCAGUUCUCAGACUCAGCUCUCCGUUCACCAGCCGGACCUAGUUCCAUUCCCAGCCCAACCACUCCCUAUACCCUAUACCACCUCUUCCUGACCUCCUAUUUUCAACUUUACUUAUUGCAUAGAGUCUUGUCGUUCUUGUUUGUAUUGUUACGUCUUUUUGUGCGUCUAUACCAUUCCAGUCGUGGCGGAGUUGGCUUAUCUCGUUUCCUUUUUUUGUUCCAUUUCCUCAAACCUGGGGAGGUUCUCUAUAAAGAAGCCAUUACAAUCUGAUUACAAUCCCACAAGGGCACGGGGUAUGUUCCAGUUAUAGUAUUGCAUCUGUUCUGGACUAAUAUAUUCCCCUCCGCCCUUUCAAUAUACUAGUCGACCUGUGGGUGUCACCGCACAAUUCUGUCACCUACCACGGUCAACAGCCAGACGGGCUGGGAAAACAACCAACUCAUCCCCAGGGAGAUCUUCAAAAGCAUCAUUUGCAUAGAGUGUUCGUCUGUUCAAUAAUCUACAUGAUGGCUGGCAUGGCAUUGUCCCCCCUUUCAUGGGCAUCUCGAAUUAGCUCACGAUCACCCUAUCAUUUUCGGGAGUCGGCAUCUACUCUUUGUGGUCUUGCAGGAGCAAAGAGCGUGCAUUCACUCUUGAUUUGUGCAUCAAUCCGGAAUUAUUGUUCAUCGCCGCUAUCUCCUGGACCCAUCUUCUCCAGGGGUUCUAGAUAUCCCCAAAGAAAAUGCUCGACCCUUGUUUCAACACCAAUGAAUCGUAACCAAGUAGUUCCGUUAAGUUGGACAUCGUCGGGGCGAAGACUUCUGAGCACAGAGCCGCCGUCAGGUAGAGGGAACGACGACAAAAAUCAAGACAACACCCCGACAUCGAAAACUGCUCGCCUACUCUCCCGGAUUCCCCUCCCAGUUCACGAAAACAUCUAUACGAUCCCCAAUAUUCUGACGUUCUCCCGCCUAGCAGCUGCACCCGUAAUUGGGUAUUGCAUCCUGCAUUGGUAUGACAUAGCGGCGCUUUCACUUUUUGCCUAUGCCUCUGUCACGGAUCUUGUGGAUGGCUACAUUGCUAGAAAGUUUAACCAGCAAACUGUGGUUGGGACUGUCAUUGAUCCGAUGGCAGAUAAAGCUCUCAUGACAAUAGGGGUUAUCUGCCUUGCCCUCAAAUCAGCUAUACCCGUCUGGCUAGCCGGCCUCAUUCUCGCACGCGAUGUCGGACUAGCUAUUUCCGCUAUCUACUACAGAUGGAUCUCGCUUCCACCGCCCAAAACAAUGGCGCGAUACUGGGAUUUCUCCCUGCCGUCGGCCGAGGUGAAGCCGACUGCGGUAUCAAAAGCGAACACUGCGCUACAGUUGCUGCUUGUUGGGUCUGCCAUGGCAAUGCCGGUCGUACCAGAGGCGAUCUCAUCGGCCUGGAGUUUGCAUGAAGGAAUGACCGGUUUACAAUACAUUGUCGCCGGUACCACCGUCUGGUCAGGGGCCAGCUACAUCUACUCUAAAGAUGCUGUCAAGAUCCUCACCGCGGAGGAGAUUGAAAAGAGAGCAGAAUUGAAGAGGAAUAGUGAGGAGGAUACGAGCAACAAGAAUGAGAAGGACUAAAUGUCAGCCGGAAGGUUGGGCAGACGUGCGGAUAUGUGUCCCGUCCCAUUUACUUCCCUUUUCACUAUGCUGGGGCCAAGCGAGGGCAAGGGAUAAUUUUGGCUAGAUACUCAUAUAAAUAAAUACGUUGUAUGUAUAGUUAUUUGAAUUUCAUUAUAAUACUGUAAUAUCUACGUGUUUGGUUGUGAUGCACUUGUAUAUCAUUGUAUACUUGUCCUAUGUUUUGCCAGGUGCAGGAUAGGUGUGGGCCGCAAUAUAUAUAUGGAGUUCUCCUCUCCGACAGGAGCAGCCAGCUAACGCCCAAGAAACUGGCAAUAAUCUCUCACAUAUUAUUUUAUAUACCAGCCCGAAGUUAUAAACGAUAGGGAUUAAAAGUAAUGGUCAAAAUAAAAUAAUAAAUAUACUUUUCCAACGCCA